AUGACUGUAGAGAUUGAGCAAAGUCCUCCUGCUGUUGGGCUAUCAAAAAUAGCUGUUUCUAGUACUCAUGGAGAAGACUCACCUUACUUUGCUGGCUGGAAAGCAUACGAUGAAAACGCUUACGAUGAAUCAAGUAACCCCUCGGGAGUUAUACAGAUGGGACUGGCAGAGAAUCAAGUUUCAUUUGAUUUGGUGGAAGAUUACUUGGGAAAGCAUUCAGAAGCUUCCAACUGGGAAUCAUCAAAAGGCUUUAGGGAAAAUGCCCUGUUUCAAGACUAUCAUGGUCUUUUAUCAUUUAGAAAGGCAAUGGCAAGUUUCAUGGAGCAAAUCAGAGGAGGAAGAGCAAAAUUUGACCCUGAGAGGAUAGUCCUAACUGCAGGAGCAACUGCAGGCAAUGAGCUUUUAACUUUCAUUCUAGCUGAUCCUGGAGACGCUUUGCUAGUCCCAACGCCAUACUAUCCAGGGUUUGACAGAGACUUGAGGUGGAGGACCGGUGUGAAUAUUGUACCCAUCCACUGCGACAGCUCAAACAAUUUCCAAAUUACUUCCCAAGCUUUAGAAGCGGCAUAUAGUGAAGCAAAGAACAAGAACAAUAUGAAAGUGAGGGGGGUUCUAAUUGCAAAUCCAUCCAAUCCAUUAGGUGCAACCAUUCAAAGGGUAGUCCUCCAUCAGAUUCUUGAUUUUGUAACCAAAAAGAACAUCCAUCUUGUCUCUGAUGAAAUCUAUUCUGGUUCCACUUUCUCAUCAUCGGAAUUCAUAAGCAUUGCUGAAAUUCUUGAAGCCAGGAAGUACAAAGAUUCAGAAAGAGUUCACAUUGUUUAUAGUCUUUCUAAAGACCUUGGCCUUCCUGGUUUUAGAGUUGGCACCAUAUACUCAUACAAUGACAAGGUUGUAACAACAGCGAGAAGGAUGUCUAGCUUCACUUUGAUAUCUUCGCAAACACAGCAUCUCUUUGCUUCCAUGCUAUCUGACAAGGAUUUCACUGAAAAUUACAUAAAGACAAAUAGAGAGAGGCUGAGGAAGAGAUAUGUUAUGAUCACUGAAGACCUUAAAAGCAUUGGAAUUGAGUGUUUGAAGGGUAAUGCUGGACUGUUUUGCUGGAUGAAUUUGGGUCCAUUCUUGAACACACCAACAAGAGAAGGUGAAUUGGCUCUUUGGAAAUCUAUGGUACAUGAAGUGAAGCUGAAUAUAUCUCCCGGCUCUUCUUGCCAUUGCUCUGAACCAGGAUGGUUCCGGGUGUGUUUUGCUAACAUGAGUGAGCAAACACUUGAAGUAGCAAUGAAAAGAAUAAAAAUCUUUAUGGAGCAAAAAGAGAGAAGUAGCUAG